AUGGAAAGCUUCAAGCUCUCCUCGCUGACCCUUGUGUUGACGUUCCUUCUCCUUGCUGCCGUUGCCGUGGUCGCCGGCGAUGAGCUCACCACGUUCAUCGUCCAUGUGCAGCCCCAGAAGAACCAGAUGCUCGCUACCGCCGACGACCGGAACACGUGGUUCGUGACGGCGGUCCCGGACCAGAUGUACGAGCUGCACACGACGCACACGCCUCAGUUCCUCGGGCUGGGCGCCCGGGAGGCCAAGAGGUCCUACCCCGUUGCCGAACACGGCGCUGGGGUCAUCAUCGGCGUGCUCGACACCGGCAUCGUACCGUCGCACCCCUCCUUCAGCGAUGACGGCAUGCCGCCGCCGCCGGCCAGGUGGAAUGGGUGCUGCGACUUCAAUGGCCGCGCGGUGCGCAACAACAAGCUCAUCGGCGCCCGCUCUUUCGUGCCCAGCCCUAACGCCACGACCAACUCCACUUCCGAUGACUGGCGGGCGCCGCCGGUCGAGGACGAAGGGCACGGCACGCACACUGCCAGCACGGCCGCGGGAGCCGCCGUGCCAGGCGCUCAGGCUCUUGGCCAGGCCAUGGGUACCGCCACCGGGAUAGCGCCCCGCGCGCACGUCGCGAUGUACAAGGUCUGCAACAAGACGGGAUGCCCGGGUUCUGCCAUCCUCGCCGCUGUGGACGCCGCCGUGGGUGACGGCUGCGACAUCAUCUCCAUGUCCCUCGGUGGAUCUUCGACGCCGUUCUACCAGGACAGCGUCGCCAUCGCGACGUUCGGCGCGAUCGAGAAGGGAGUCUCCGUUACCAUGUCGGCCGGCAACUCUGGCCCGAACGUCAGCUCUGUGACAAACGAGGCGCCGUGGAUGCUCACCGUCGCUGCAGCACGAUGGACCGCUCCAUUCGUUCGACGCGGGAAGCCGUACGCCGAGCUCUGCGGCAACGGCUCGCUGGACGGCAUGGACGUCAGGGGCAAGAUCGUGCUCUGCGAACUGGGGGGCGGGCCGGGACACAACAUCACGAGGAUACUGAAAGGCGCGGUGGUCCAAAGCGCCGGCGGCGCCGGCAUGAUACUGCUCAACACAUUUCCUCAAGGCUACAACACGCUCGCCGACGCACACGUCCUGCCGGCGUUGCACGUCGACUACGCCGCCGCUUCAGCCAUCAAGUCCUACGUCAAUUCCACGUCGAACGCCACGGCGCAGAUCAUCUUUGAGGGUACAAUCCUCGGCACGCCACCUGCUCCAUCCAUCGCCGCCUUCUCCUCUCGUGGGCCUAGCAUUGAGAACCCCGGCAUUCUGAAGCCCGACAUCAUGGGCCCCGGCGUCAACGUGCUCGCCGCAUGGCCGUUCCAGGUUGGCCCGCCGUCGGCACCUGUUCUCCCUGGACCGACCUUCAACGUCAUCUCCGGCACGUGGCCGUCGGCGCCUCACCUCAGCGGCGUCGUGGCGCUCGUCAAGAGCAAGCACCCUCACUGCGUGUGCCGGCGGGACCCUGAGAAGGCCGCGGACCCCGGCCUGGUCUACGAUAUCGCGGCCAGCGACUACAUCGGCUACCUCUGCGGCCUGUACGACAGCCAGAACGUGUCGGUGAUCGCGAGAAGGCCGGUCGACUGCUCGGCCGUCACGGUGAUCCCGGAGAGCAUGCUGAAUUACCCGUCCAUCUCUGUCGCGUUCCAGCAGACGUGGAAUCGGAGCACGCCCGCGGUCGUUGAGCGCACGGUGAAGAACGUCGGGGAGGUGCCGUCGGUGUACUACGCGGCGGUUGACAUAUUUGACGACGACGCGACUGAGGCUCUAAUUUGUCAUUUUGUUCCUGGCGCUUUGUUUAAUAGUUCCAAGACCAAGGAGGGAAGACUGUGA